AGGAGCUGUUCGAGCCAAAGAACUGCAUGCGCUGGGUCCACCCAUCGCUGCUUCAAGUUCUCAAUCAAUGGCAAAGUGGCAAAAAAACGGAUGAAGAGCCAACAUUCCAAAGUUUCAAUGUGGCCAUUGAGGGAUUCAAAGUAGAGGCACCAGGAAUUUUUAGUUUUCCUGCCCUCACCGACGAGUUCUGUGAACUUCUCCUGCAGGAAGUACAGCACUAUCGCAAGAGUGGACUUCCAUCAAGAGCUCCGAACAGCAUGAACAAUUAUGGUUUGGUGUUGAAUGAGAUAGGCAUGCGGCCUGCCUUUUCUGCGAUUCUGAAAGAAGUCCUGCUUCCCAUUGGCGCAAGGCUGUUCGGCAGCGACGAGGAUCGCAUCAAAGAAGUAAACGGUGUUGCGAUUGAGUCCGAAGAUUGGGGUGGUUCAACCUUGGACGACCAUCAUUCAUUUAUAGUACAGUACCGACCAUCUGAUGAUAAGCACCUGGAUAUGCACAUCGAUGAGUGCGAUGUAACCUUCAACUUUGGCAUCACUUCGCAUAACAACUUUGAAGGCAAUGACCUCACCUUUUGUGGCAUGUUUGACUCAGCAGAUCAUCGGAAGUACCAUCACACGUACAAGCACGUGAAAGGACGUUGUGUUGUCCACUCCGGCAAGCGCCGGCACGGUGCGAUGGACAUUGAAAAGGGCGAGCGUGCCUCUCUCAUAAUGUGGACUAAAAGCAGAAGUUUCCGUCGAACAGAGGCCUACCGAGAAAGAAAUCGAAAGGGCCUUACAUAUGGAGAUGCUGAUCGAGUUUGCUUGAGCUACACCCACGACCCGGACUACAAGAAUCUGAUGCCAAAGAAGCAGCAGUAUCACAUGAAGCCCAGGGAAGAAGGCCAAGCCGGCAAUGAAGUACCUCUUCAAACAGAGAAGAAGUGGAUCACAGUUUGUCCGGCUGCUGAUCUCUCAGAGGGCCAGUCCAAGUUGCUCAACUUGAAAGAAGAGAAUGAGCAAAUCGCUGUCUUCAAGCACCGAGAAGAGCUGUUUGCACUGGACAAUCGAUGUGCACAUAUGGGUGGCUCUUUGUGUGAGGGUGAGAUUGAGGAUGUUGGCAAGGAAAACCUUGGUUGCAGUGAUUCCAAAGCGACUGAUGGUAUGGUCAUUUGCCCGCGGCACUACAUGUGCUUCAAUUUGAAGACCGGGGAGAAUGUUGAAGGAGAUUUCACAAUGAAACAGAAGGUAUAUCCAGUUCGCUUGUCUUCUGAUGGCCAGCACAUAGAGGUCGAAGUCGAGCUUGAAGUGUUGCAACCCUUGGUCCCGACCACACCUGAGAAUCCAGGUGUUCUUCAUGCAGAGAGGCCCUUUUCCUGGCUCUGUGGCAUUCCCAACAAGGACUCGCUCGCGAAAAAUUGAUUCUGAUUAGAUUAACAUAAAUCAACAAAUUCAAAUUCAAACAUGACAUAUUUCUUGACCAGGUUUUCGCCACUGUGCCCUUUGCAUUGGGCAUAUGUUCCUUUGCAAUUGCAUUUAAUAUCAUAUUCAACCACAGACACACCAGAUUCUGAAA